GGUAUACGACGUGACACGAAUGGUAGACAGUGUUGGAGACCCGAACAACGGCCAUUGCAUGGCAGCACUAGAGUCUUGGCUGGCUUGCUCAUUGUCGCUGCUCUCGGCCCCGUCUCCGUCCCCGUUAGACUGCGCGGGUAGCGGCCCCGCUACCUGCCGUCCCUCCAUAGCUCGUCUCUCCUCCUCUGUGAGCCACUGCUGGGCAAUACUGUCGUACAGAUAGCUCCCACAGUGCGCUCUAAGAGCAUGCAUUCGGCACUUUCGGUUUACUUUGGCCGGCCACACCCCCUUCGUACUGCGCAUGCUCAGGUGAACUCUGAACCCCAAACGUGCUGAUUCAGACAGGUGAUGAAGGUGAAGAGAUACAAGCACGCGAAAAAGGUGCUCUCUUUCUACAAGAACACGUUCAAGAUACGAGAGCCGUACCAAGUCAUAGUGGACGGGACGUUCUGUCAGGCGGCGCUAAAAGGGAAGAUUCAGAUAAAGGAGCAGCUACCAAAGUACCUGGGAGGCCGUGUCCAGCUAGUGACUACCCAGUGUGUGGUAACAGAGCUGGAGGGGCUGGGUCAGAGUCUGUCGGGAGCAAUGUACGUGGCCAAGAGAUUCCAACUGAGGAACUGCGGUCACCAUAGAGACCCCCAGCCUGCAGCCGACUGUGUCAAGAACAUGAUCAGUGGCGGAAAUCCCCAUCACUACUUUGUAGCCACACAGGACACUGAACUGCAGCGCUGCCUCAGGAAAACUGCAGGUAUCCCCCUCUUGCAUAUAGUCGGCAGCACCAUAGUACUGGAGAGCCCCACUCACGCGUCACAGAAGGCUCACCAAGACGUGAUCAGCAGCAAGGUCCAACCGACAGAGCACGAGAAGUCGGUCAUCUCGGCCCUUGACUCAGCUUCAGGUGUGACUAGGGAACCUCUGGGGAAGAGAAGAGGGAGGAAGACACCCAGAGGACCCAACCCACUCGCCGUGAAGAAAGGCCGGAGGAAGUUUGUCACCACUACACAGGUCCACGGCAGUGUCGUCUCUCAGAGCAAGAAGAGACGAGCGAGACUGCAGAGAAAGAGAGCAGCAGAACUAAUGGAGAAAGUGGCUGCAUCUUGCAUUGCUACAUAGCACACACUCAUUCUUGACUCUUUGCAUUCUGUCACAGCAACCAUCAUUAUAAAGAUACUUUUCUAUAUAAUUAUGUACACACACUUUGCAUGACACGCACUGUGUGGGCAGACUGGGCACGUGUGAAAAUCCAGAUUCAUUCAUCCGAAUUUUUGAACUCCCCAAAA